AUUAGAAGACGAUUGCUACUGGAAAGUUUUAGAAUGGAUAGUGAAGUUCAGCGACCACUAGCCGAUUUUCCAGAGAACAUCUGGGAAGAUAUCUUAACUUCGUUCUCAAAGUCUGAUCUUGGCAGUGAUGCACUUAAAAUGAAGCAAAAUAUUCUAAAGGAGACUAUCAAGGAGUCGUAUAUGGCUUCAAGAGCGAAUCCAAUAGAGAACAUCAAGUUCAUUGACACGCUAUGUCGCCUUGGUGUCUCCUAUCAUUUUGAGGAAGAUAUCACAGAGCAACUCCAGAAGUCAUUUGAUUGUCCUGAUUUUAAUCAGAAGAUAAGACAAUUCGGAUGUGAUCUGUACACGGUUGGAAUAAUUUUCCAAGUUUUCAGGCAAUUCGGGUUCAAACUUUCUUCUGAUGUGUUUAACAAGUUCAAGGACGAGGAUGGGAAGUUCAAAGAACACUUAGUGGCUGAUGCAAGUGGGAUGUUAAGCUUAUAUGAAGCUGCACAAUGGAGCACUCCUGGAGAAGACUCACUUGACGAAGCUCUCGCUUUCUCAAUUUCUCAUUUAGAAGAAAUUUCUUUUCGAUCUAGCCCUCAUCUCGCAAUACGCAUCAAGAACGCCCUAAAACAUCCAUUUCACAAAGGCAUAUACAGGAUAGAAACGAGGCAAUAUAUCUCAUACUACGAGGCGGAAGAGGAGUGUAACUCAACGUUACUUGAGUUUGCGAAGAUCGACUUUAAUUUGCUGCAAGUGCUGCACCGCCAAGAGCUUGCUUGUGUAACAAUGUGGCACAAAGAAAUGGAGUUCGAAUCUAAAAUAACAUACACAAAACAUAGAGUUGCCGAGGCGUGCUUGUGGGCAGUUGGAACAUACUUUGAGCCUGAAUAUUCUCAAGCACGAGUUUUAUUAGCUAAUGUAGUCAUCUUACUCACAGCUCUUGAUGAUACUUAUGAUGCGUAUGGCACAAAAGAGGAACUUGAGGUGGCUUCCCGAAGCACCUAACGGGAUACCUGACAGCAUGAAACACCUUUACCGUGUCAUAAUUGGUUUCUAUGAUAAACUCGAGUUGGAACUUGAGAAGCAAGGAAGGUCAGGUUGCGGCUUCCAUCUUAAAAAAUCAGUU